AUGGCUCCAGUAGUGACUAAUCUAACUGCCGUGACAGAAUUCAUCCUCCUGGGGUUUCCCACCCAUGGAACAAUGGGCUUCUUGCACCCGCUGCUCUUCUCCCUGGUCUACCUGUGUGCCCUGCUGGGGAACGGGCUCAUCGUUAUCAUCACGACCCUGGACCGGCACCUCCACACCCCCAUGUACUUCUUCCUGAGGAGUCUGUCCUUCACGGAUCACUGCCUCAUCUCAACCACGUUCCCCAAGUCCAUUGCCAGCUCUCUGACGCAUAGCAGCUCCAUCUCAUUCCCGGGCUGUGUUGUCCAGGUCUUCAUGAUGGUUAUUUCUGCAACUACAGAGUUUUAUCUACUCAAAGCAAUGAACCUUGACCGCUAUGCUGCCAUCUGCCACCCCCUGCACUAUGACAUCAUCAUGAGCAGGGACAGGUGUGUUCAGAUGACAGCUGUGUCCUGGCUGGGUGGGGUAAUAUUGGCUGUGAUGCACACAGCUGGAACCUUCUCUUUGUCCUACUGUGGGUCCAACGUGGUCCACCAGUUCUUCUGUGACAUCCCCCAGUUAUUGGCUAUUUCCUGCUCAGGAAAUUCAGUGAGUGAAAUUGUCCCUAUUCUCACUAGUGUGACUUUAGAUAUGUGCUGUUUUACUUUCAUCAUCAUUUCCUAUGUCCACAUCUUCUCUGCUGUCAGGAAGAUCCCAUCCACAGAAGAAAAAGAGAAACUGCAGUGA